AACCUUUGGACCGGGUGGUAAGCUUUUGGACGAAAACAGUGUCUCCCACUUGUGCCAAAGUGUCCAGCGGACAAGUAGUUUUUAUUAUUAAAUAUUUACAAUAAACACUGGACAAAUGUAUACGAGAUUGUUGCAACAUUUGGGAAAUGGUGCCAGGUGUUUGGCUACAAAGGCCACGCCGAAAGUGCAGCCUAUCAAUAAAAUUCUAAUUUCCAAUCGCGGCGAAAUUGCAUGCCGUGUUAUAAAAACUGCUCGCAAACUGGGAGUGCGCACAGUGGCCGUGUACUCGGAUCCGGAUGAGCACAGUCUGCACACGGAGUUGGCCGACGAGGCUUAUCGCGUUGGCGAGGCAGCUUCCUAUUUGCGGGGAGAUCGCAUUCUAGAGAUUGCCAAGAAGUCCGGCGCACAGGCAAUUCAUCCCGGUUACGGCUUUCUCUCAGAAUCCGUGGAAUUUGCUGAGCUAUGCCAGCGUGAAGGUGUUAUAUUUAUGGGUCCACCCAGUUCGGCCAUACGUGACAUGGGCAUCAAGAGCACCAGCAAGGCCAUUAUGGCCGCUGCCGGAGUACCUAUCAUUAAUGGCUAUCACGGCGAUGAUCAGUCGGACUCUUGUCUACAAGCUGAAGCCGCCAAAAUUGGCUUUCCUCUCAUGAUCAAAGCUGUGCGCGGUGGGGGCGGCAAGGGCAUGAGGAUUGCAGAGAAACCGGAGGAUUUCCUCACAGCAUUGAACUCGGCCCGCACCGAAUCCCAGAAGGCCUUUGGGGAUAGCUCAGUGUUGCUCGAGCGCUACGUGCGUUCACCUCGUCACGUGGAGGUUCAAGUGUUUGCGGAUCAGUACGGCGAUGCUGUCUAUCUGUGGGAACGCGAUUGCUCCGUUCAGCGGCGCCAUCAGAAGAUUAUCGAAGAAGCACCUGCGCCUGGCUUGUCGGAGGAACUGCGUCGUGAACUGGGCGAAGCUGCCGUACGCGCUGCCAAGGCGGUUGGUUAUGUGGGCGCCGGCACUGUUGAGUUUAUCCUGGACAAAGAGGACCUCUCCUUCCACUUCAUGGAAAUGAACACGCGCCUGCAGGUCGAGCAUCCCAUAUCCGAGAUGAUAACAGGUACUGAUCUGGUCGAGUGGCAGAUUCGCAUUGCCGCUGGUGAGCCUCUGCCCUUGACGCAAGCCCAGAUUACGCGUCGCGGCCACGCCUUUGAGGCACGCAUCUAUGCUGAGAAUCCUCGUGGAGGAUUUCUGCCCGGAGCUGGUCCUCUCCGUUACCUGAGCACCCCCAAACCCAGUGCGAAUGUACGUGUAGAGACCGGAGUGCGUGAAGGAGAUGAGGUUUCAGUUCACUACGAUCCAAUGAUUGCAAAGCUGGUUGUCUGGGGCGAAAACCGCACUCAGGCCUUAAACUCGUUGAUUGCACGCUUGGGGGAAUAUCAUAUUUCUGGUUUGGAGACAAACAUCAACUUCUUGAUCGACCUGGCUUCGCAUCCAGAAUUCCAGCUUGCCAAUGUGCACACUGGCUUCAUCGAUCAACACUUUGAUACGCUCUUCCCACCAAUUGUUGUCGAGCAACAGCAACUGAGCCAAGCUGCCCUCUCGUUGAUCUUCAAUGAGUUGCAGGCUGCCAGCAGCAAUGCCAACAAUAAUCAGGAUCCAUUUGCCAGCACGCCAAAUGUGCGUCUCAAUUACGCUUUAAUACGCAAAUACAAUUUGAAAGCACAUGAUAAGGUUUAUGCCGUGGAAGUCAAAUACGAUAAUGGCGACAUCGAAAUCCGCGUAGAUGGAGGCGCCUGGCAGGUCAUUAAAGCCGAGCGUGUGCAGGACGGAGAACGUCUAAAAAUCCGCGCCAAUAUUGAUAACCACAUCUCCACGUAUAAUGCCAACAUUGAUGGCGCAAAUGUGACGCUGUUCCUCGAGAACGGCAAACUGGACUUUGAGCUAGUUCAACCAAAGUUCUUAAGCGCCCAGGCUGAUCAGCUUGGCAGUGGAGGCUCUAGGGUCGUAGCACCUAUGCCAGGUGUCUUGGAGAAGGUGCUGGUUAAGCCUGGCGAUAAAGUCAAGAAGGGCGACAGUCUAGCCGUGCUUAUUGCUAUGAAAAUGGAGCACAUUCUGAAGGCACCUAAAGAUGCAACCAUUAAAACGAUUGGCGGUGCCGAGGGCGAUAACGUGGCCAAGGGAGCAGCAGUCAUUACCUUCGUUGAUGAGGAUGUGUCGAACUAAAUCAUUUGCAUUUUCAUUUGAUUGCAUACCAGGGAAUUGUUGCAUUUAGCCACAGAAUGUUUAUGUUCUUCUAUUUCUGUGUAUCUAUGUCUUUGAUCAGUUUUAAGCUUUAACGCGUGCAUUUAUUAGAUUUAAGCGUAAAGAAUUCCAUUCAAUGGAGCAUUGUUGUCUUGUCCUUUGACAUUAAAAGCGGGUUUUUCUUUUAUAAUGAAUGAAAAUUAUUUCAUUUGCCAGAAUCAAUGAAUAAAGUUGAAAAAAAAUA